UUCAGUUUGCCGUUCGGAGGAGGAGAAAAAGAAAAAUCGAAACUCGCCAUAGUGAAUUGAAUUGAGUGAAUUUGAGCCUUUGUAACGAAACGGUUUUCUGCCUCGGGUCUUGUGUGUAUAGUGUUUAUCGAGUGUGUGCCAAUUUUAAAACGAAAGUGCAAAUUAUAGUGCUUUUACGUUUUGUGUGAUAAUGGCAACGGCGUGUCUGCCGUCGCCCGCGUGAAUCAGUGAGACUCUAGUGCAGUGAACCUAAGGGGCUCGCCGCCUUCGGAGUUAACCAACCACAAUGAAAAUGGUGUUGUCACAACGGCAACGGGAGGAGCUGAACAAAGCGAUCGCCGACUAUCUUGGCAGCAACGGCUACAAUGACGCACUGGAAGCGUUCAAGAAGGAGGCCGAGAUGACGGGGGAAAUGGAUCGCAAGUUCGGAGGCCUCCUCGAGAAGAAGUGGACCUCCGUUAUAAGGCUGCAGAAAAAGGUGAUGGAGCUGGAAUCCAAACUGUCGGAGGCACAGAAGGAGUUCAUAGAAGGAGCGCCGACGAGGGCCAAGCGAACGCCUACCGAGUGGAUUCCACGCCCGCCGGAGAAGUUCUGUCUCACGGGACACCGGGCCACUAUUACUAAGGUAAUAUUCCAUCCGGUGUUCAGUUUACUGGUGUCGUCGAGCGAGGACGCGACGAUCAAAGUGUGGGAUUUCGAGAAUGGCGACUACGAACGAUCCCUUAAGGGCCACACCGACUCCGUACAGGACAUCGCCUUCGACCAUCAUGGCAAGCUACUUGUAUCAUGCAGUGCGGAUAUGUCGAUCAAGCUGUGGGACUUCAACCAGACGUACGAAUGCGUGAAGACCAUGCACGGACAUGACCACAACGUGUCCUCCGUUGCCUUCUCUCCCAGCGGUGACAUCGUGUACUCUGCCAGCCGGGACAAGACCAUCAAGGCGUGGGAAGUCGCUACCGGCUACUGCGUGAAGACGUACAAAGGGCACCGCGAGUGGGUGCGCAUGGUGCGCGUGUCGGCGGACGGCACGCUGCUGGCGUCGUGCUCCAACGACCAGACUGUGCGCAUCUGGAACGCCGACACCAACGAGUGCAAGAUGGAGCUGCGCGAGCACGAGCACGUGGUGGAGUGCGUGUCGUGGGCGCCGGAGUCGGCCGCCGCCGCCGUCAACGAGGCGGCCGGCGGGGACAACCGCCGCGCCAACCACCAGGGUCCCUUCCUGGCCAGCGGCUCGCGAGACAAGUCUGUUAAGAUCUGGGAUGUGAGCACGGGCCAGUGCCUGGCAACACUGGUGGGCCACGAUAACUGGGUGCGCGGCGCUACGUGGCACCCGGGCGGGCGCUUCCUGCUCACCGCGUCUGACGACAAGACGCUGCGCGUGUGGGACGUGGCGCACACGCGCUGCCUCAAGACGCUCUACGCGCACCAGCACUUCGCUACGAGCAUCGGUGACACUUCGCUACGAGCAUCGGUGAGUGACAUCGUCAAUGUGCACCCGAGGGGGCGCUUCCUGCUCACCGCGUCUGACGACAAGACGCUGCGCGUGUGGGACGUGGCGCACACGCGCUGCCUCAAGACGCUCUACGUGCACCAGCAUUUCGCCACGAGCAUCGAUUUCCACAAGAGCUUGCCAUACGUGAUAUCGGGCAGCGUCGAUCAGACCGUCAAAGUUUGGGAGUGUCGCUAGGAGCAUUGCCAUUAUAGUAACUUAAACUCACCGAUGAUAUCUUUAUCAUUAUUAUUCACAUUCACUAG